CUUCUUUCCUCCCAAAUUUGCAUAUAUUCCUCCUCUUCUCCUCCAAUUCGACUUUCUGAUACCUCCUCGAUCAACCUCUAUACUAUACGUCUCUUUCCUAUCAUCAUUCUCUACUUCCACUAAUUGCCCGCCAUGUCUGUUCCUACUUACCCCCCUCUUGAGGAGCGUCCUCUCAAGGACACCAUCUGCCUCUUUGACGUCGACGGCACGUUGACUCCCGCUCGUCUUGACGCCUCCCCCGAGAUGCUCUCCCUCCUCCAGUCCCUCCGCCAAAAGUGCGCCAUCGGCUUCGUCGGCGGCUCCGACCUCGUCAAGCAGGAGGAGCAGCUCGGCAAGCCCGCCGGCGCGCCCGUCACCUCCCUCUUCGACUUCUGCUUCGCCGAAAACGGCCUGACGGCGUACAAGCUCGGCCAGCCCCUCGCCUCCAACAGCUUCAUCCGCUGGAUCGGCGAGCCCCAGUACAAGGAGCUCGUCAACUUCUGCCUGCACUACAUCGCCGACCUCGACAUCCCCGUCAAGAGGGGCACCUUUGUCGAGUUCCGCAACGGCAUGAUCAACGUCAGCCCCGUCGGCAGGAACGCCAGCACCCAGGAGAGGAACGACUUCGAGGCCUUUGACAAGGAGGCAAAGGUCAGGCAGAAGUUUGUCGCUGCUCUCAGGGAGCGCUUCGGACACCUCGGUCUCACCUUCUCCAUCGGCGGCCAAAUCUCCUUCGACGUCUUCCCCAACGGCUGGGACAAGACAUACUGCCUGCAGCACCUCGAGAACGAGGCCAAGAAGCCCGACGGCAUCGCUUACAAGAACAUCCACUUCUUCGGCGACAAGACCUUUGAGGGCGGCAACGACUGGGAGAUUUUCAACGACCCCAGAACCAUUGGCCACUCUGUCAAGGGCCCCGAGGAUACCAUGCGCAUCCUGAAAGAGCUGUUCGAUAUCUAG